AUGGUGGGUAAUGAUGAUGACAGAAUUUCGAAACUACCUGAUACACUGAUUCAUCACAUCCUAUCGUUUCUCCCAACUCAAGAAGUGGUUCGGACAUGCCUUCUUUCAAAGCGUUGGAAGCUUAUAUGGUAUUUAGUUCCCACAAUCUUUUUUCCCUAUAGUACUAUUACCUAUUGUAGUGAAGUUGAACGGAAACAGGUGAUAGAAAAGUUUUACAUUUAUCUUGAAAAAUAUUUGGAACACCGCAAGAAAGGCAUGUAUUUUAUCGACAAUUCAGUUGUACUAACUAGUUUUAAGCUUGAAAUGUUAGUUUACUAUAAAAAAAGUAAGGCUGGGGUCGUAGAUAAAUGGUUAGCUUUUGCAGUUGAGAAUAAAGUUAAGGAAAUAAAUCUUACCAUAGGCGAAGACAGAGACAACGGAGGUUAUUACUACUGCUUACCCAAAAUACUUGACAAUGCAAGAUAUUUGACUAUUUUGCAGUUGUAUGGAGUAGAGCUGGAUACUUCUCAUUCAUUUAAUUUCCCAUUACUGAAAACUUUGUCAUUGAUAAGGGUUCAAUCAGAUACUGGCGAGGAUGAUGUGGUAUUUAAGUUUCUGUUGUGUUCUCCUUCUCUUGAGAAAUUGCGUUUAUGUUAUUAUGAAUUCUUGCGCAUUGGUGAUAAGAGCCUACUGCAAAGUUUAAGCCUCAAGUUCUUGGAACUGACAGAUUUUUCUUCUUGCAAGAAAAUUAGAAAUCUCUCAUUUGAUGAUACUAGUGAUGAUUUACGUUUAUCACUAAAUGCUCUUAUUUCUAAUAAUCCUCUUCUUGAGAAUUUGACUUUGUGUACCGAUGGAAAGAUUAGAAUUGAAUCUGCUCCUGAAUUAGAAUACUUCUAUUAUGGAGGUCAUAUGGAUCUAAGCAUAUCAAUAGAUAUAUCUAAUUCCUUGAGUGGAAAAGUUGUGAUUUGUGAGAGAGGAUAUAAUAAUGGCUAUGAUGGAUCUUGUAAUCCUGAAAGAAUAUCAGAUUUGAAGAACUCGUUGUUGUGGAUUUCGCCUUCUUUAGAAACAUUGUCCAUUAACAAAAUGCAGAUACUGUAA